GUUAGAGAUCGCUGCAAAAGUGGGAGCUAUUAACAUUUUUGAACUUUUUUUGUGAAUUUCGUACUAAAUAUAAAAAUGAGAAGAGAAAAAUAACAUCAUUUGCAACUCCCGCGGUGGUUCCAUUUGGAAAAGUAGGCCGGGAAAAUGUAAGCAACUUGGAAAACUGCAUCGCGAAAGAUCCCAAGACUGAAUCCACGGAAAACGAUUCUCUUUCUGUUCCUGUUUCUGUACGAGGCAGCUGCGGUUUGAACUCGGUCCCGUAAUUCUGUGCAGUGAAUUACGUGGAGUGUCGUGUCGCGAGUGUCGGAACUCCGUGAAUUAUUAUUGUAGUGAAAAUGUUGUCUUGAACCAGCGGAGAAAACCGAAAGGAAAACUCUCCAACCAUCAACUCCAGCACCAGCAGCAGCGGGAGCAUCAGCAACAACAAAAGGACGAGGUCGAGGUUACGAGAGUAUGAUAAACUGCAGAAUUACACUCCAUAAACGAUUCUCUUAAUACAUUUACUGUGCAGCGGAGAAGUUUUGGGUUAUCAACGGAAACAGUUCCUUCUUUUUGUUUUAGCAAUUUUGGUCCCGGAAGAAGACGUACUCGUACUGCUGGCCCACAAUGUGGCGCUCCAGCUAUCCUUUAUCUAACAAAAAUCGAUUCCGUUGUUUUUGUUUGCUUGCUGUGUGUCCCGCCACCAAUUGAUUUUCAGUACGCGUGUUUAGUAGCGCUUCCGGGGCAGUGGCGGUGCGGGAGUGAUAGUGAUAAAUUUUGCAGAUAAAAAGGUUCUAGUCAGUUCCGUCAGGCUUUUCGCAUGAAUUCCGCAUGAUGUAGCGCAUACUAAAUAAAACCUCUUCCAUCCUCCGCCAAUUUGCCGUGCUUGGCCGAUUGGGAAAUUAAGCCACCUCAUCAUCAUUUUCUCCAGCUCGACAGACGUUCAUCGAUGCGGAAAUCGUGUUUCCCUCGUUGAAUCAGAAAAACAGCGACGACAUGACCUUGCUCGGUGCCGUGGCGGACACUUGUCACCAUAUCGCAGGGUCCAGCAGCGCGUAAUGUCCGCUGCCGUGACUCAUGUUUAAGUACACACAGCGACGACGACAUCGUCCCCUUCACUAGUAAAGCGCGUUUCCAGAUGCGAUUGAGUAAGAUAACGAGCAGCAGGCCAUGUGCGAAGUUAGUCACAGAGUCUCGGUGUACUGCGAUUAGUGCUACUGCAACGCUAAGCUGAGAUUGCUCCUGCAAGGAUCAAUAUCAUGUAUGUUUGAUGAUGGUUUUUUUUCGCUGUAUGUUUGUACUUUUGAUAAAGAACCGUCAGCUGGGUUCCAAUUCCAAUGUAAUGCGACACCUCCUUGGCUAAUAGGAUGAGCUUGGUUCGGUCUCUGGAGCAACGUGUCCGUUAGGUCAUGAUCUCAUUAAUUCCGCUGAUGGUAACUAAGCUUCUCGAUCGAUGUUUGGCUGCUUUUGGCCAGUAAGCGUACGAAAUAGAAUAUUGGAUGGAUCUAGGCGUUGGCUUAUUCAACCAUCUCGAGCAUGCUUUAGCUUCCCGUUUCCUAAUCUAAUCUGUCUUGUAGCAUUUUGUUUUUCAUUUCGUUCUCUAGUUUAACCUUUGCUCUGUUCUGUUUUUAGGAAUGUUUAGCAUCACUUCUGUUGUUGUUCUAGUUUCACUUGCAAACCUGUGUACCUGUUCAUCAUCGGCACAAUAAACGGUGGUGGUUGUCGAUUUUGGAUGUUUGAACAGCUGUGAUCUUAAGAUGUGACUCUGGGUAGAGUGGAAUCGAAGCUUCGCACCACCGGUCACUCGCCGAUUCACUCGUCGUGCCAAUAACAACCCCGGCAAUGUAUGGAUUGACCGAUCGAGGUUAACCGUUCCUAAUAUCUGUGAUAAAAGCGCCAGUUGAACCAGGAGUGAGCAUUGUUGCAAACUAAUCCAUAUCGUUCGUUGUGGCCUCGGUGUUAAGAGUUACACCGCAUAACAAUGGCAACGGUGAAUACGUACGCAAUCAGCAUCGAGCGCUUUAGAGCGAAAGCUGUCAAUGUUCCGCUCUUACUAGGCACGACCACUGCUAGUGGUGGUGGAAGCGGAAGUAGUAGCAGCAGCCUGCUGUCCGCUAGCGAAGCAACAACGACGGGCUCGCCGACAACGACAGACAUCGCGGCGGAUGAUCGAAUCGAAAUCGAACCCGGAAUGACUCUGCAGAUCGUUGAGCAACCAUCAAGCAAAAUCGCACUGAUCAAGAUUAAAGAUUUUAACGGUAACACAACCGUGGCAACAUCGACAAACGCGUCCCGUACGUCCUCAACAUCAAUCGGCGAAGGAACUGGAAUAAUGAAUAGUGGGACAGGUGGAGUGGGGAGCUCGCAUGAGAGUCGGAUUUAUCAGUGUCAGGCUGCCCAUCUGCAGCGAGUACCGGCAGACGUUUGGCCGUUCAUUAUUGCGAUACUCGAUCCUCAGGAGCGCUGCGAGUUCGCUAAGCGACCGAAGCUGUUCGCAUCGGUAAAACAGCUACGCACCGGGGACAUUGUGCUAGUGUCCUGGCUGGCAAAAAAUCGGAAUGUUACGUACGAUUGUAUCAUACGGUACAUCGGACCGGUGCCAAAGAUCGGCCCUGGGUACUACUUCGGACUCGAGCUACUGAACUUGGACAAUGGCGAAUCUCCGCAGAAGGACGAUAUUGAUUUCGUGUCCGAGUACAUGAACUGUGAGCCUCGGUUGGCGCUGAUUGUUGCUGCAAACUGGUUAAAAUUCCCUGAACUUGAAGCAUCCACUAAACACCAUCACCAUAAGCGCAAUCUAUUGGACAGUUUGGUGUGUGGCGCAAAGGAUCUAAACAAUCGUUUGUCUCGUCGCGCGAAUAAGCUCCACUCGUCGGACGAUUCUAGCAAGAGCUUCAACCGGGCAGCGAAGGUGUUGAACAGUGAUUUUCCGGCGGCACAUCAACAACCACCCUAUACGAGGUCAUACACGCCCGAACUGACAAGCAGCUGUGGGGGGUCUGGUGUAGCGGCCACUGGUGGCACGUCGAGCAACCGGAAAUCGACCGAUAUAGGAGCAUUAUACGAGAGCUUCAGUUGCCUGCAGAUGGACCCGAGUACGAAGGCGAUGCACAAGAAGAUGGCUGCCUCAAUAUCAAGCCCGAAUUUGUCGAAACAGGAUAGCAGCAGUAGUACCGGUAGCUCUGGUCGCUACGUGAAUAGUCACCCGAUGGAAGGUUAUGGCGAUGAAUACCGUCGCUUCGUCGAGCAUGGUCAGCAUGGGCAUGGGCAUAUGCAUCAUGCGGGCGAUGAAGCGUACCGCAGCUCGGGACGCAGUUCACAAAACAGUUCGGCCAGCAGCACGCUGAAACACACGAAGGCACGGGCCAGCAAGCAGCGAUCGACAGGCUCGAACUCGUCGGUUAAUAGUGGCGCUGGCCAUCAAUAUCAUCCAGUUAGCAAGCAAAGCACCAUACUAAGCCUACCCGAUCGCGAUGUGGUGGUGAUCGAUUCGAACGAGAUCGACGAGGCGAUCAAGAGCGCGAGCGAUGUGAUCGUAGUCGAUCCACCGCCGAUGAUCAGCCCAACCGAUACGCGGGAAGUCGAGCUGAUGGAUUUACUGAGCAGCAGCAGUUGGCCAGCCGAAGCUGGCGAGGUAGCGGCAAUACUAAACAGUACAGACAAAAAAACCCAAACGCCGCCAUCGUCGUUCGGGAAUGGCCAUUUAUUAGCCGGUGGGGGAUCGACAGGAGGCUAUACCAGUGGCAGUACGAGCAGUAAUAGCACAGCCAAUAGCUACCACAGUCACGGUAGUCACAAUGGUAGUCGAUACGAUCGGAACAAAUCUCUCAAUCCCUUUGCGCACAUCGGUCAACCGAAAGUGGCAAACGAUUUACUGAUUCCAUCUGCCAGGAAGGCGAAAUCCUCUAUUAUCACCGACACCAAACCGGUUACGGUUGAUGCUGCAACAAUGACAAAAAUCAACGAUGGCACCAGUGCAGGUGGAUUUCCUACAUCGAACGGCGGUAUCGUCACCGCCAGCUCGACUAACGGCUCGACGGUGGGACGCGAUAACGCCAGUGACAACACAAUGAUACCCGGCAUUCAUGGACCGCCACGCGUUGGAUCGAUUUCACCAGAAUCAGACGGUGGUGGCUCGGUGUUGCCAAUUUCGCCACUGCAGGAGCUACCGAAUGAUCCUUCUCUUGGUGUGGGAUCCAUGGUUGAAGUAACGCUUGAUACACCAAACUUGGUGCCGACGGCUUCUGGGCACGAUCCACAGUACUACGGUGUGAUACGCUGGAUAGGUCCGUUAACUCCGGUAAAUACAGCCAGUAACAGCAACCCUCAGCGGAGACUUAUGGUUGGUGUUGAACUAGAAGAUGAACCGAUCGAGCCGACACUAGAGACAACUAACGGUACUUACAAUGGUGUGAGACUGUUCAAAUGUCCAGCUAAUCGUGCAAUCUUUGUACACACGAGCCAAUGCAGCCAUGAUCGACGCUUCCAGGAUAUUCCACCGAUGUCGCCUUGUACUUCGCGUGCAACACAAGCAUCUGGUACAUCCAAAACCUCCAACGAUACCACCAUGUUCGGGAAGGUCGACUGUCCGGUGGUAAAGGGACGAGUGCCGCCUUUAAAAAUUCUAAAACUGGAAGAGCUCGAAGAAAUUUGUGGCAAGUUUAAGGGAAUACAGGGACACCAUAACUCCUGCUACUUGGAUGCGACGCUUUUUGCGAUGUUCACCUUCACCAGUGUGUUCGAUUCGUUGCUCUUUCGGCCGAAAGAACCAGAAGACAAUCUUCAAUAUGAGGAAGUGCAGCGCGUGUUGCUGGAGGAGAUCGUAAACCCACUGCGCAAAAAUCACUUCGUGCGUGCGGAUAGAGUGCUCAAGCUACGUCAGCUUCUUGACCGGUUGAGCUCCGUCACUGGUUUGAUGAGUGAAGAAAAGGAUCCGGAAGAGUUUCUCAAUAGCUUGUUGGCACAAAUUUUGCGUGCAGAUCCAUUUUUGAAGCUCAGUUCUGGUUUGGACACAUUCUACUAUCAGCUGUUUGUGGAGAAGGACGAACGCUUGAAUCUACCGUCGGUCCAGCAACUGUUCGAACAGAGCUUCCUCGCGUCGAACAUCAAGUUGAAGGAGGUGCCGUCCUGUUUGAUUAUCCAGAUGCCACGGUUUGGCAAGAACUUCAAAAUGUACCCGCGCAUCCUUCCGUCCCAGGUGCUCGAUGUAACGGACAUUAUUGAGGAUUCGCCACGCCAGUGUUGGGUUUGCGGUAAGCUGGCUGAGUACGAGUGUCGCGAGUGCUUCGGUAAAAUGCAGUGCGAAGGCUUGGAAGGGACGGCGAUCUGCAAAAGUUGCAUUGACAGCGUACACCAUCACAGCAAGCGGCUGAACCACAAACCAGUGCCCCUAUCCGUGCCGCAAGAUUUCAUACCGAUGGCACCGCACUGUGAGGUGCCGCGCCUGUACAUGGAACUGUUUGCCGUUGUGUGCAUCGAAACGUCGCACUACGUGGCAUUCGUGAAGGCCGCUUCGGGCCAAGAUGCUCCUUGGUGUUUCUUCGAUUCAAUGGCUGAUCGCAAUGGCGAACAGAACGGUUAUAACAUCCCGAAAAUGGUUCCGGUGCCCGAUCUGCCAAGGUGGUUGACAGAGGAAGGAUCGCGUGCGAUGAACGAGGAAGCGGUCAACGAUAAGAUGUUACCUGAGCACGCCAAGCGAUUACUCUGUGACGCCUACAUGUGCAUGUAUCAGAGCACUGAUGUAAUGAUGUAUCGAUAAUGAGUUUCGCUUCAACACCAUCCGAAGAUUUGCUUUGGUCUAAUUAAUCUCAUGUAGUUUCAUCUUCGGACCCUGUAAUUCGCGAUUGUUUAUUUUCGGUCAGCAACGAAUCCCGUCGGAAAGGUAGAUGACGCACUUCUCGUAAGGAGUCAUUGUUCUGUAAUCGUAGUACACGUGCAACUAGAAGACCACGCGGAACAGGCGUUUCGAUAAAAUUGUGUUCUUUGUAUUCCUGCUGCUGCUGCUGCUUAGUAAAAAUAAUUGACACUAUACAUCCUGAACAUUGCAUCGUCGGCAUCCCCAAUCCAAUCGCUAAGAAACAAUAAUGCAAAUAGAACGAAGACUGGCAGAUGUGUGGCAUAAUUGUUUCUAAAGUGGCUUUAAGGAGGGCAGUAAAGAGGAGUAAUGGUUGCGCAGGAUGCGCUGCAAGUGAAAGCAGAAAAGAUAUACUCACCAUACUGCAAGUAAUAGUGGGAAACUAAAGAGAAUAUACCUUGACUUAUACACGGAUAUGAACAUAUAGUAUAUAUAUAAAUAUAUAAAUAUAUGAAUAUAUAUAUAUAUAUAUAUUUAUACAUUUAAAAAAGUGUAGGAAAAUGAAAACAGUUACUAUCACGGUCAAUGGAAGGGCGUUUCUGGUUCAGUUUUGUUAAACUACUUAAAAAGAACUCGUGUUUCAUAACAAUCGAGCUGUAAUAAAUCUACACGUUGGGAAAUAGUGGAGGCACAACAGCAGGUGGCAACAGUGGAAAAGCAAAAAGACAAGAAUCCUCUUAUCAGUAAACGUGCUAACAAACCAUACACACAAACUUGUACCAACCAAUCAGAGUGCGGUAACUGAUAGUUUCGAGUUCUAAACACUAACUCAUAGCAAUACUAGUGAAGUAAAACAGAAACGAGAAAUAAGGACGGUAUGAUUAAUGUGAGCGGCUGCUAUCAUAAACAUACGUGACAUAGAAAAAGCAAAUUAGAACAGACAGAAACCGCCGAGGUGUGAUUUCGAGCAAGAGGAAACUGUCGUGUUUUCGUUGUUCUGUUUAGAUCUAUAUUGUUCUACGUUUUGAGUUAUUUGUUUUUAAUUCUAAAAUGGAUAUAAAAAAUACAAGAAACCUCGUGUUACUAUCGAUCAUCCUAGCAGUACAAACGAACUUUCAAUAAAUGGAUACAGAUCAUAGGUGGCGGCUGAUGUUUCGGAAUGCGAUGUUUGUAGCUUGCAAUGAAGUGUUGGGUUGUUAAUAGUCGCUAAUAGGUUCGUUAGCAAUGACGAACCUAUGUUGCAUCGAUGUGAAUCAGCAAGAAUCUUCUGUAUUAUUCCCAAAAAAUUGAUCACGCGAAAUGUGAAACUAUUGUUUUUCGGCGGCUUCAACCCACCAAUAUGUUUGAUGUGUUUUUGAGUCGUUCAAAAAGACGGACAGGACGUUUAUUAGAUUUGAAUUUGAGACACCGUGACCGUGGGAAAAUAGAGAGAGUCGGUUCCGGGAUCCGAUUAACGUAGCGAAUUUGCCAUUUUGCUGCUGUAGAGUUGAGUGUUGUGCUGACUGCUUUCUAAACAGUGCUUUUAGCUUUGUUUGUGUAGAAAUGAAAUGAUUACGCUGAUUACUAAGCUGAAUUGAUCAAGCAAUGGUAGGGAUAAUAAUACCCUCGGGGCGUUAGGAAUCGUUUGUUGGUAUGGCUGUAGCAGUAGAGAGAGAGUAUGUGUGUGUUUGCUGUUAUUCUAUUGCUUUUUCACCACUUCCAAAACCAUUCCAGAGUUGGCAUUAGAUAAUCGAAGAAAAGACAUCGUAAUCUUACAUACUUUCAUCUAAAAGAAGACAAAUCAGACACAGGUUUUACGUGAACAUGAAAGAGCAGACGUUGAAUGAAUAUUACGAAUAAAAAAAUCAAUCCGCUGGAAUCGGUUUUCUGCAGGUUUCUAAAGCCGCUCAUGACCGGAUAAGAGAAAUCAUUCUGAAGACGAAUUGGGAAACAGACGGGCGUGUUUCAAGUCAAGUACAAGCGAGCGUAUAUUAUGCAAUAGCCUGUAUCCACCAUAUGCUGGUGAACUAAUUUAUAAUUUAUACAUCAGCUAGGAACAGAGAGACAAACAGAGAGCGAAAUAGAUUCUUCUUACUCAUAUACUAUA